UGCAUAUCUAAUAAGAAAAGAUAAUAAUUUCAAAUGCAUAAUUUGAUUUUCGGGCAAAGUAUAUUUUGGGGUUAAAUUUUGACGGUGACCGAAGCCCGAUUGACAAAUGCACACACACACAUUCAUACACAAUCAAUGUACACACAGAAAUCGCGACAAAUGCAAUCGAAACGAUACGUCAUUAACAUAAAUUUUGAAACAACGAAAUGAGACGAAAAAGAAAAUGAUUUAAGAGCGCUUGUCAUACAAAUUUUACUAUAAAUAACAAAAAAAAAGAGUAAAACCGAGCAAAAUAAAAAAGAACUUUGUGUGAAUUGUGGGUUUUUUCUACUUUAUCGUAUAGUAUAUAUGCUUGGUAUUCGGCGAUCGUAGUUCGUGUGGUAUUCAAUAAAAUUUGUUUUGUCACUCGAUUCAAGAAAAAGCGAAGGAAUAGAGAAAAAAGAGCCGUUCUCAGUGUGAUUUUUUAUUGCUUGAAAAUAUAAAAUAAUAAUGUUUGUACGGAACCACCACCGACUCACAAUUAUCGGGUUGAAAAAUUAAAUAAACAAAAUAAUAAUGUGACAUCUGUUGUUGUUGCUGCUGCUGCAAUACAAUUGAGACACGUAUGAUAUUUAAAAGUACACCCAGCCACAUACUACCGAUUAAUCAUACGACGAGUACAGUUCGUUUUUGUUUUUGCAAUACAAAAUUCAGUUUGUUUGUUAAUUUCAUUUUAUUUUGCCAUCAAGUCGUCAGGGUCGGAGAGAGCAGCACAAAUUAAAGAAACUCAAAAACCGAUUCGAACAGACGAGAAAAUAAAGAACUGAAAAAAAAAAGAAAUUAAAUCACACACAGUAAACAUUGAGGUGUGCUAUAUUGUAAUUCUAAGACAGUUUAAUGUAAACCGGAACGUUUAGUCGGAAAUCGCAGAACGAAAGUCAUACGAAAAGAAAAGAAAAGAAAAAAAUCAAAUCAAAUUCAAGAUGAAAAGGUCAAAGAUAAUAUUUCUGGUGGUUGCGUAUACGCUUUGCAUAGCAUGGGCUGAACUGCAAGGACCGCCGAGUGAUAGUGAAGACCUAAAAAAUAGUUUUAAGGAUAGAAAAUCGAAUUUGAUGCACGAUGAAAAUAGCAAUAGUGAUAAUAAAAAUAAAAACGAUGAAAACGACGAUGAAACAAGUACAUUAGUCGAUGCAGGCGAUGAUGAAAGUUCGAUUGCAUCAUUGUUGGCGGAAGAAUUUUCAUAUCAGGGAUCGGCCAUAAAAAUAAUAAAAGCACCCGAUUUUACGCAAGAAAAGGAAGCGCAAAAAAUGACUGAAAUGUUGUCGACCCUGGUCAAUAGUCAUGCAAAAUUGAUUAAAAAACUUGAAGAUGAAAUCCAAGAAAUGGACGGUUCAAUUGCAUCACUCGGCGAACAACCAGAAUUGGUGCAAACACAAGAAGAAAUUGAAUUGGAAAUUCUGUACGAAUCAGCGAUGAAAAUUCUCAAUCGAACCCGUUCCGAUAAACAAGAAGGCUUUGCAUUACUGAAAAAAGCGGCUGAUAAGGGACACCAAAGGGCACAGGCGAAAAUUGCAUGGGCACAACUUAUGGGAAAUCACGUUGAAAUGGAUUUUGGUGCAGCCAGAGAAACAUUUUUGAAGCUGGCUGACACUGGUUUACCCGAUGCCCAUAUGGGCUUGGGUUUUAUGUACGCUGCUGGAAUCGGCUUUAAUGUCAGUCAAUCGAAAGCCUUACUACACUACACAGUAGCCGCUUUGGGCGAUAACACAUGGGCUCAGAUGGCCUUGGGUUAUCGAUAUUGGUCGGGAAUUUCAUUGGCCAAUAGUUGUGAAAAGGCAUUGGAAUUCUAUCGUAAGGUGGCAACAAAAGUUGCAUCUCAAAUAACAUUCUCUGGUGGUGCUGCAGUACAUCGUGUUCGUUUGUUGGACGAAGUCGAAACAUCUGGCUCCAGUUCCGCCAUAUUCGAUAAUGAUUUGCUUGAAUAUUAUCAACUGUUGGCUGGAAAGGGUGAUGUACAAGCUCAAGUUGGAUUGGGACAGUUGCAUUAUCAAGGUGGACGUGGAAUUGCUCUCGAUCAUCAAAAAGCAUUGUCAUAUUUUACACAGGCGGCCAAUGCAGGAAAUGCAGUGGCAAUGGCAUUUUUGGGAAAAAUUUAUUUGGAAGGAAGUGAAAAUAUCAAGGCUGACAAUGAAACGGCAUUCAAAUAUUUUAAAAAAGCAGCCGAUCUGGGUAAUCCAGUUGGUCAAAGUGGUUUGGGCAUUAUGUAUUUGCAAGGAAAAGGCGUACCAAAGGAUACGGCAAAAGCAUUGAGCUAUUUCACGAAAGCCGCAGAUCAAGGAUGGGUCGAUGGGCAACUCCAACUUGGUAACAUGUAUUUCAGUGGAAUUGGCGUUAAACGAGAUUUUAUGCAGGCAAAUAAGUACUUUAAUUUGGCAUCACAAUCCGGACACGUAUUGGCUUACUACAAUUUGGGUCAAAUGCAUGCAGUCGGCUUAGGAAUGAUGAGAUCAUGUCCAACAGCGGUCGAACUUUUUAAAAGUGUGGCCGAACGUGGAAAAUGGAGUGAAAUUUUAAUGUUUGCCCAUCAAGAUUAUAAAUCAUACCGUUUCAAUCAAGCAUUUAUGAAAUACGCUUUGGCAUCCGAACUUGGAUAUGAGGUAGCACAAAGUAAUGCGGCCUUCAUGUUAGAUCGAAAUGAGGUGACAUUGUUUAAAUCAAGGCAUGAAGAUUUGGUGCGAGCCCUUCAAUACUGGAGCCGAUCAGCAUCUCAAGGUUAUUCAACCGCACAAGUUAAAAUGGGUGAUUAUCACUACUAUGGGCUUGGAACUGAAGUUGAUUAUGAUACAGCUGCUUCGCACUAUCGCAUGGCAUCCGAGCAGCAACAUAAUGCACAGGCUAUGUUCAAUUUGGCUUAUAUGCACGAACAAGGAUUGGGUAUGAAGAAAGACUGGCAUUUGGCAAAACGAUUCUAUGAUUUAGCUUCAGAAACAAGUGUUGAUGCCAAAGUGCCGGUUGCACUUGCCAUUCUCAAACUAUCGUUCAUGUUUAAAGUUGAAUCGAUGAAAGAUAGUCCGUUAAACUUUUUAUUCGAAUUGGACAAAAAUAUCGCAUCAAAUUGGGAUCUUUAUCUGAUCACCAUUUUCACUAUACUUUUGGGGACGAUUUUCUAUUUUCGACGACCGCCACAACAUGUUGAACGUGAACAUCCGAGAAGUUUAGAGACACCAACAUCAACCGUAUCGCAACCGGCAUCGUCAACGACGACAGAAUCACAAACAGCUACAGCUACAGUCCCAAAUUCAGAAGCAACAGUGAACAGUGACCAAUAAUUUUAUUAAAUAAAAUGGAAAUAAAAGAAAAAGUUUUAGUAUUUAUGUAUAUUUAAAACGAA